AUGUCCAAUGACAAUAGGCCAGUCAUCAAGGAGGGUCCUAUCCUGGGUAAUUAUAAAGGUGUUCAUAUUGGAGAGAAAAACUUGUUAGUACAAGAAUUCUACAGCUGGAAUCAUGGUUCAAAUCCUAGUAAAGACCACUGUACUCUUUUCCCAGAGGACCUCUGCAGAUAUAACCAGUCUGGGGAAGACUUUGCUCAGCACUCAGAACUCGCUACCCAUCCACGCCCGCCUGUUCAAGAGAAGUCUCAGAAUCGCAAAGAAGGUGGCAAAGCUUUUACUUAUAACGCAACUUCUAUUAGAAAACGGAGGGCUCCAAAAAGAGAGAAGCCUUACCAAUGUGAAGAAUGUGGCAAAACCUUUAAUAAUAGUUCAAACCUCACCCGACACCAGAUAAUCCACACAGGAGAGAAACCCUACCCUUGCCAAGAGUGUGGCAAAGCCUUCAAUAAUGUUUCAACCCUGACACGGCACCAGAUGAUCCACGCUGCCGAGAAACCCUACAAGUGUACAGUGUGUGACAAGGCUUUUCACUUCUCCUCGUACCUUAACCAACACCAGAGGAUCCACUCGGGAGAAAAACCCUAUAAAUGUCAAGAAUGUGGCAAAGGGUUUUAUUAUCACUCGACCCUGACUCGACACCAGAUAAUCCAUACAGGUGAGAAACCCUAUGAAUGCCAAGAGUGUGACAAAGCCUUCAACAAUAGGUCAACCCUGACACGGCAUCAGGCGAUUCACGCGGGAGGGAAGCCUUACACAUGUGCAGAGUGUGGCAAGGUCUGUCGCUGCGCUUCACACCUUACCCAGCACCAGAGGGUUCACACCGGGGAGAAACCCUACAGCUGCCAAGAAUGCGGCAAAGCUUUUAACUGUUCCUCACACCUUCACCGGCACCAGGUAACUCACACGAGAGAGAAACCCUUCCAGUGUAGAGAGUGCGACAAGGCUUUUAAGGACAGCGCGACACUUUGUCGACACGAGAGGAUUCAUACCGGAGAAAAACCCUAUCAAUGCAAAGAAUGCGGGAAAGCCUUUAAUAACUGUUCGAAUUUCAUGCGCCAUCAAAGGACUCAUAAGUGA